AUGCCUUAUGUUCUUGAUGAACUUCUAGACCUUGCAUUUGGUGAAGCUUCUAAGAAAUUCCGCACAAAUAUUCGAGCCUACAACUCUAUGUUCGCUUUUACAUCCAUAGGGGCUAAUAUAGAUCACUCAGUCAAUCGUCAACCCGGGCCCUAUGUUUUUAAGAUAAAUGGCCAUUGUCAUCAUUUAAUGGGUUCUCUUUUGCCUUCUGAUGGAGAGACUCCAAAGUUUGCUCAACUUUAUAUUUAUGACACUACAAAUGAAGUUGCAAAUCGACUAGCACUGUUUCCACAUAGGAGCUCUGCUUCAACUUUAUAUGAAUCUAUUAUCAAAGAUCUUAUUGACAUGCUUAAUUCAACUAACUGUUUAGUUGGCUUAUUUCGUCAUGCUUCACAAAGGUUGUCAAUGUCUGACAAUCCUGGAUCUAAACUACGGUUGCUUGUUGAUGCGUUUACCAAUGUUGAAGAAGACAGGCUUGAUUACAUUAGAAUGAACCAAAAUAAUCUUCAGACUGAGCACUAUCAAGGCAUUAAUGAAGCUGUUCUUAGAGGGGAUAUUCAAGGGUCAAAAACAGGAAAAAUUAUUCUCCCCUCUUCUUUAACUGGUAGCCCACGAUACAUGAUAAAUAAUUACCAAGAUACUAUGGCCAUUUGUAGGGCAUAUGGAAAUCCAGAUCUUUUCAUCACAUUCACAUGCAAUACAAGCUGGCCUGAAAUUCGAAAAGAGCUUAAAAAAGGCAGACUUUAUAAACAUGAAGACAAGCCUGAUAUAAUCACACGUGUUUUUAGAGCAAAGGUUCUUGACAUGUUGAAGUUCAUCAAAUCUGGUGUCCCUUUUAGCAAGACAAUUGCUGGUAAUUAG